CUCUGAUUGUACCCCCUCCACGGUCGAAUUGCGUUGCAUCUGUGGUGCGCCCUUUGCCCUUGUAAAGGAUUUUAUGAAAUUCCACACCGUCGCUGUGACGAUGGGAUUUUCUGCCCGUUGCAUUUUGAAAAUUGUGAGACGACUUUUUUAAGUUUCUGAGAAAGUUUGGCGGCCUGUCGAAGUCAAGGCCUUUGCCUCUAUCAAUCAAUUAACCACCGCAUGACGUCACAGUGUAUUGUAGUGAUGGCAAGUGCAAAUGUUUUGCGAGGAGGACCAAUUAUGAUAUUUUCGGCUGAAUUACAGAGUAAUUCUCUUAUUGCUCUCAGCUGAUGUACCUUUCUUGUGUAUUGUGAUGAUCUGCCUUAAACAAGUUUACAAAGUGUAUCCAAAGUUAUGGUGCUGUGGCAAACAGCCUUUAUUUCCAUCUCCUAUUAUUGUGAAGUGGAACCUGGUUCAAAUAGGCCUGAAGGUGAGGGCAUAUGAUAUUAAAAUAUAAUUUACUAACUUCAUUAUGGAGAGUCAAGCCACAAGUCAGGGCCUAGAAGAGGGCCCGUCACAUCAUGCCCGCCGACCUAUGAAUGCUUUUCUUAUAUUCUGCAAACGUCAUCGCCCCAUAGUACGAGAACGCUAUCCACAUCUUGAAAACAGAGCUGUCACUAAAAUUCUUGGAGAAUGGUGGGCAAAUUUGGAACGAGAUGAAAAAGCAUCAUAUACAGAGCUAGCUGCUCAGUACAAAGAUGCCUUCUUGAAAGCUCAUCCAGAUUUCAAAUGGUACAAGUUACCUGCACCUCCGUUACGACUUUUGAAUACAAGACCUAAUAAUACUGUGAAGGCUCCAAAGCCAUCAACGGGAGUUAUCACUCCAGGCAAACUUGCAGAUGAAACUCAACUAGGUGGUCUGAGCAGCUUACUUUCAGCAACCUCAUCCUCUAUAUCUUCAACUCCAUCGACUGGUAUUGUAGUAUCUGAAAGUACUACAACUGGUGGUUCAUUAGAUUCUCAUGCAAGUGCAGUCCCAUCUAGUUCCUCACAUGAUGGGGACAAUAAUCCUCGAGCGGAGAAUUCAGAGACAGUUGAACUACCUGAGCCGGAGUCACUCACAGUUGAAGGCAAAUUAUCAUCUAGUAGCUCAAAGUUUGCUCCAUCAGUGGUUACCUCCCUUGAUACUCUCACCACAGCCACAAUAACUUCUGCAGGUCAACAAACCUCUUUACCUAAUGUACCUGCUAUUCCUCCAACUCCAAACUUACCAAAUUUUCCUAUGAAGCCAUUGUCUCUCAAUAUUAUUUCUUCUGAUUCACCUUCAUCGAGUGAUGCUCCCUCACUCUUAGUUGACCUCAAUGUACCUGCAAGCUCUGUCAAAGAUUCUCCUCCAGCUCUUGCAUUGUCAUCAAAGAUUGGUCACCUUCCAUCGCCUCCCUCUACACCUCCAUCACCACUAACUCCCAACAAUCCAAAUGUGCCACGGCCUCCUAAAAAAAGAUACUUGCAACAAGCUCUUGCAUCAAUGCAUGAUGGUGGUGAUGCUGAAAGCCCAUCACGCACUGAUGAUGAAGUGGAAACCAAAACUUUUCAGGCUGAUCUCCAUUUUAAUUUUAACAAACUAGAGCUGGAAAGCCAAUCUGACAUUACCCUUUCCCAAAGCAGUAAGAAGUCGGAAGAGAUUUCCAAAACAGAUGAUUUGCCGAAGGCUGGGUCUCAUGUGAAGUCUGAAGGCAUAGAAGAUGAUAGUAGAGAGACAACAUUUCAAACAUCACAACAGCAAUUGAUAGAAAGAGUUGUGGACAGACUGUGUCGUUUUACAGAUGUAACUCACUUAAAAGAUUCUGAAAACACCACACAGCUUGAAAGGGAUGCUUGUGUCAGUACAGAGGUCUUAGAUAACAGUCUUUCACCCUCGAAAAGCAAUGUAGAGGGUAAUAAUGGAAGUUCGGAGGGUUCUUGCAAGUUGGAUAAUUCCCUAGAUAAGGACUGUGAGGCUGAAGUCAAGCUGCCUGAAAUUCAAGCUGCAGUACAAAAUGUUUCAGUGCAGAACAACGAGGUGCCUAGUAGUCUGAUUUCUGAUGUCCCAAAGCUGGUUGGUACAAUUCAAAACCAGUCUGUUAACCAGGUAGUCAUUGACUCCUGUAAAGACAAGGAGGAUACUUCUGAUGAGUUAACCCCAGACGCACUGCCUGAUAAUAAGGCUAAUGAACAAUAUACUGAGUGUUCAUCCACAGAAGGCACAUCGCAGGACAAUAAGUCCAAUGACAUUGAUAAACCUUUAAUAAAAACUGAAAAACAAACUGAUUCUAUUACUUCUAGCAAUAUUUCUGAAAUACAGGAAAUUGUGGGAGUAGUGGAUGCAAGUUGCAUUGAAAACUGUGACAGCGACGAAGUUGCUGCUGCUGUUGGACUUUUAAGUCUUCCUUUCAAAACCAUUGUGAGCCCUACUGAGAGUUUGGAAAGUGGAGAGGAAGACGGUGAACAAGGCACCUCAUCGCAUAUGUUAAAUGCUAAUUCUGAGGGAAGAAGGAGCUCAUCACGUGCUUGUAAAGGUCUAAGAUACAGAGAGUUUAUGAUGGAGGGAGGCCUUACACGUGGCCGCAAAGGUCGAAGAGGAAUGUACAAGCAAGAAGAUAUGAUGAACCCUUUUUUGUCUCCUCAAAAAAGUAGAGAACAAAGAGAUUUCUACCAGAAUUCAACAACUCUUCAGCUUGAAAUGUACAAGAAAGGGACUAGGAAAGAUCACAAUUUGAAGAGAAGAUCCGUGUUUCAAGAUGUAAUGCCUUAUGGGAAAAUUAGAAAACCGGAAUCUCCCAUACUUGAUGGACCAGAUCCAAUAACUGGCAAUUCCUUCCAACUGCCUGGUUCUGAACAAUCGCAAUUUUUUUCCAAUUUGUUGGGAGACAGUCCACAUAAUCAGAAACAUCAUAUGGAAGGAAUAAGUAUUUUCGCUUCCACAGCCAUCCCACGGUCACCAAUAGAACCAAAAAAUAAUCUUACUCUUGAACCCUCCAAUAACGAAUAUCCUGGACCAAAAGACACAGCACAAGUAGAUGCAAAAUUCAACUCUAAGGACUAUUCUGGUCAGUCUUCCACUGUUACAGGUGUAGACAUUACAGAAACACAUGAAAUUCCAGCGACCAGACCAAUAAAAAGCAAGCCAUACAAGAUUAUUAAGAAGAAGAACUUGAUGAAAAAGUCAGGCUUUGACUCAAAGAAGGAGAGUGGGUCAUCUGCAUUGGUUUUUGAUUCUUUGCAAGGCACUCAAUCACGUGACUUUAACUUAGAGGAGCGAAUUGGUGCCCUCCCUGCUCUUAGUUUAGAACAAUUUCAACUGAGAAAGAAAGCACGUAAAAAACGUGCAAGCGACAGUAAUGCAUCUGAUCAUGAUAGAAUGAGAUCUCAUGAUUACCUUCCAAAGGUUUCAAGAAAACAUCGAUCUGUCCAUGGAAAGAUCUCUUCUUUGAACAAUGACAUGUCAAAAUCUAGUCAAGUUUCUUUGAUCAGACAGGGAGAAACAGCUACUGUUCAUAAUGUCUUUAACGAAACAAAUAAUAAUGAUCCCCUUAGUGUUGCAACCAAAAGAAUGCAUGAUUUUGAAGGAAAAGAAGCUGUAAGUUUGCAAUCUGAAAAGUUACCCUUUAAGAAGAAAGUGAAAAAUGAUGCAUUACUCGCCAAGAGUAGUGAUCUGUGGAAUACGGAGAUGAGAUUAUUUGACAGCUCAUUGAAACGCAAAAGUGGUACAAAAAAGAUGAAGUCUAGUGCAACAGAUGGAUCUUCUGUUGUGAGACUGCCUAACACGGGUAGCAGCUCUACUAGUCUAGCAGUCACUGUGACUUGCAGUAGUCGAUGUGAAGCACAUUCGCAAACAAUCCCUUCUUCCAUCAAUAAUAACAACAUACAUAAAUCAGACGGCGGUCAUGUAUCUUUACCUAACUUGGUUGGAAGUCAGAAGAGGAAGGCUCGCAAGCAAAGCAUAACCAGACGUACUCCUGGGUCGGAAGCAAGCUUGAAAGACACUGCAGUGCUCGAACCUUCAGCUAUCUGUGGUCUGGCAACUCUUGCUGAGGUUGCAGCUGCCAAAGUACAUCUUUAAACCUACAAUAACCAUUUAAAGGGUACACGACUUUCCUAAAAGUAUUUUUAUAAGGAUGAUUGUUUUCUAAGUGAUAUUUAUUAUGUCUUUAGUGACAUGUACAUCCAUAGAGAUGUAAAUUCAAAAACAACUAACUGUUUGUGACUGUUAUAAUCUGCCUGGACUCCCACAUCAAGAUUUGCUCAGCAUAGAGAAAUUUUCAGAAAUUCAGGGAUGUCUGUGGCAAGUAUAAAAUUUUAUCUAUUUUAAAAUCACUGUUUUCUAUUGAAAGAUUUCUUUUAUUCAGCAGGAACUGAAUUUUGUUAAAAAUUUAGAGUAAAACAUUUAAAUUUCAUUUCACUAGAAGGCAAUUCUGGAAUGUUUUGUUUGUUUUGAUUUGUUGUACAUAAUAUAUUAAGUAGCAUAUAUGGUUUAUUUUCUUGGAAAACCUAUGAUUAGAAUGUUAUGUUUUUGAUUUAGCAGAAUUUAAAUAUUAAACUAUCCAUAUGGUACCAAAGUCCAAAGCAUGUGUCUUUCCAAUUGGUACAUUUCUUUUUCUUCUCCAAUUGCCUCUAAAAUGAAAGACUGUCAAAAUCAAUCAAACAUUAAUGAAAUGUGAGAGUUAAAUAUGAGAUGACCGUAGCUUCUUAUUGAUGUAUUGCUGCUGAAUGAGCAUACUGUAGAGCAUUUUCUUGAUGGUAUUUUGUUAAUAAUUCAUUCCUUUUCAUGCGUACUUCUGAUAGAAAGAUCUAGGUGCAGGUACGUCUAAUACAUCUGAACUCACUUGAUGCCUUUUGAUACUGCCGGUAUACAUUAAGGGCUACAGUAUAUCUUUUAAUGUCUGGUGCAAUUACAUGUCUUUACGUUUGAUCUGCAACUUAUGAUAACCAAUAGAUUUAUUAAAUGUUGUAUUUGAUGCAUGAGGUCAAACUGUGCAUUACCCCCAAUUGUAGUAAUUUUGCAAAAUUCGAAGGACUCUUUCCUUCUAAAUAGAAAGGCUGAUUAAAUUUUA